CGGGGAAAAUUGGCUUUUGCGGGCAGCGACGCGCUAGCCGUGACGCUCGGGCAGCGGCGGAAGCGGCGGCAUCGAGGCCGACCGAGAUGCGUGUGCUUUCUGCGUAGAAUAGCGAAAGCGCCGCUCGGCAGCUGCGACGCCCUCGCGCGCAACAACUGAGAAGCAAAAUAACCGCCGUUGUCGCCACCUCAGGGGCUCCGGCCCGCCUGACACCCGCUUGUGGCCAUGUCCUUGGAGGGAGGAGUUAACGCCAUCGGGUCGACCAACAGCGACAUUCGGUGGGACUACGAAAGCGGCGCUGCGCUGUCGGAGAGCGGCGACGCAGGUGAGCCUCUCAUUCAAGGCAGCGACAGCGGCGCCAUGCGCCGCUCUCUGUGGACCCGCCUCAGGAAGCGAGCCUGGAUCGUGCCGGUGAUUUACACGCACUUCUGGGCGGCUGCCGUCAUUUCGCUCGUGGCACCUUUCUUUCCGCCGCUUGCGGACUCCAGAGGCAUACCAGCAUGGAAAUAUGGCUUCUUUUUCUCAACCAUGAAACUUAUGAUGCUUCCAGGAGCUGUGAUAGCCGAAAAGUUGAUCUCAGAUGUCUCCGCCAAGGCAGGCUACCUAGGUGGACAAGUAACCACAGCGUUAUUCUCUGUCAUGUGCGGCUUUCUCUACUGGGUAAAGGGUGGCAACCUACUGUUCGGCGUCUCCCUGCUGAUGGCAGCUUUCGGCGGCUGUUGUAACACAGUCUACAGCGUUUGCUUGUACACUCUACUUACCUCAAGAUUUCAAGACGACGGCGGUAUGCUCAUAGGCCUGAUGGAAUGCCUCUGGGGAGCGGGCACAUUGGUUGGAUCGUCCGUCGGCGGGGCUCUUAUAGACCUUUGGGCGUUUCCUCUCCCUUUCUUCGUCAUCGGAGGUGUUCUACUUCUGUCAUUGCCAUUCAUGGCACUUAUAAAUCCCAGGAGCUCCAAACAUGACAGCCCAACAAAUGAUAGGGUGCUUCAACAACAAGGUGCGGAGAAGAAAUACUGGCACCUCAUUUUCGAUUUUAUAUUUAUAGUUAACCUUUUUACCGUCACAAUAAGUUGGGCUAUGACCAGCUUCAACGAACCAACAUUGGAACCACAUCUACGUCAGUUUAAGAUGUCAAGCACCGAAGUAGGAACUGUAUUCACAGUCCAGUUCGUUGGAUACUCCAUUGGUUCUUUACUUGGAGGUCUCUUCGCCAAGUUCAAGAUGGAACCAUUCAUGAACUUUUUCGGGAUGUUGCUGUCCACGAUAGCGUACAUCAUACUCGGCCCAAUACCGAUAAUACCAAUUCCACCGAACGUUUUCUUCGUAUACAUCUCCCAGGUGUUCAUCGGCAUCGGCAUGGCAGUCACAUAUGUCAGCCCCUACAUGCAUGCCCUCAGACAUGUCAUUGAAAAUGCUGGUUACCCCGACAACGAGAAAACCCACGGAGUAGUCACAAGUGCCACAUACCAGUUCAUGGUCUUUGGCGCCGUCGUAACUUCUCCCUUGGCGGGCUUUGUGACCCAGAGGCUGGGCUUUCCAUUUUCUUCCAUGAUUUUCGCCGGUUUUCUGGCUUUUUGGGUGCCCUUCGGCUCGAAGAGGCAGGACAUGUGCCGAACCAUCGUGACGGGUUUUGUGUGGUUGCACCUAGAUUACUCACUUUUCUGCAAGCAGCGACCACCGAGCUACCAAAAACAUCCUGUUCUGGAGAAUGAAGGCAAGGCGCAGACGGCGCCCAACUCUUCGUGGUCUUACUGAAAAGUAUCAGUCAUUCGCGUUGAGUACUCCUCGUCUAGAAGUGCUGUAUAGUGCUCCAGUACUGUAAAUAAGCAAAACUGGACACAUGAAACCUUAUCUGUGAUUUCACGCGGUAUCUAGUGUGGUUGUGAGUAGCACGCGCUGAAGCUGCGCGGACAAGUCAGGGACGUGCGCAUAAUACUGGUCGCGCUUAGAUAAGAGUUCCUUUUUUUUUUUUCCUCAACAGAAUUGAUGCAAAGAGAAACGUGAAAGUAUCGCAAGCAAUGCUGAGUAAAAACGUUGAAGAAG